GGCUCACGCAGCGAGUGACGUCAGCGGCCCCGCCCCUCCCCGCGGUCACUCCUGCCGCCGGCCGGCGCCUGGGUGCCGGGCGGCCGCGAGCCGCGCGCGCGCUGCUCUGCGCCCGCCCGCACCGAGAUCGCUCCGGCCAUGAAAAUCUGGAGCUCGGAGCACGUCUUCGGGCACCCCUGGGACACAGUGAUCAAAGCUGCUAUGAGAAAGUACCCCAACCCGAUGAAUCCAUGUGUGGUAGGAGUAGAUGUCCUCGACAGAAGCCUUGACAACCAGGGGAGGUUGCACAGUCACCGCCUUCUCAGCACAGAGUGGGGAUUGCCGAGCAUUGUAAAAGUGAUUUUAGGAACAAACAGAACUCUGACUUACAUUGAAGAACAUUCUGUGGUAGAUCCAGUAGAAAAAAAGAUGGAGCUUUGCUCAACUAAUAUUACUCUCACAAACUUGGUGUCUGUUGAUGAGAGACUGGUUUACACGCCUCAUCCUGAAAACCCUGAAAAAACUGUGCUAACUCAAGAGGCAAUUAUUACUGUCAAAGGCAUUAGCUUGAGCAGUUAUUUGGAAAGCUUAAUGGCAAACACAAUAUCCUCUAAUGCCAGAAAGGGUCGAGAUGCCCUGGAGUGGGUGAUCAGCAAACUAAACACAGAACUGGAGGAGCUGAAAUCAACGCGCGAGGGCGUGAAACCAGCCAUGGCAGCAGCAUCAGCAGAAAAAUAAAAGACAAAAGUACCAAGUAACUGACAGAAAAAAAAAUUUAUUCUGCCAACUGCUUUGUAGAUCUCCCUUCCAAGGCUGAUCUGCAUACUUUUUAUAUAUUUGUAAGAAUAUAGGAUCAGCGGAAAAGUAACCUCAUCUUUCAUCUCCACAGCAGCUCCUGUGGCCUGCCGAAGGCCAAAUUGACCUCCUGCAGAUGCUCUUUUCACAUAAACGAUUUCUUUUAAACACUGGAAACAAAACAUUUAGCACAUUUAAAACUGCCUAAAUGUGCCUUGUAUAACAGAGAUUGAGAGUAUGUUAUAUUUUACACCAUCUCAGUUUUUCAUACUGAAACUUGAAAAGAACUUGUGUUUGUUGAGGGUUCUCCAUACGAGCUUUUGUUCUGUGAAGGGCCCAUAGGUACUAGAGCACUGAAUUUUGUUUGUUUUGUAACCUGGCAGCGUCUUAUAACCAUUUAGAGGGAACUACAUGAGACGGGACAUGAUACUCUAGAGUAAGAUAUCUAUCUAGAGAAUCAUCCCCAAAAGCUAAAACUUGUGUGAUACUAACUCUUCUUACAUUGUUUAAAUGUGCUGUCUGAAUGUGACAGGUGCUUUACCUCUUAGAUGUUUAUAUCCCAACGAAGAUAAAGUUUCUAUCGAUGUUUGAUGUUAAUAGCCUAAACAGAUGGUUGUUUUUUUUUCCUUUUGGGGGGAGGUUAUAAUUUAUUUUCCUAUUUAUUAACUUUCCCUAGUUCCUCCCCUCACUAGCAGAAGAGGAGUGGUAAUUCCUGGAAGGUGCUGGAAAAUACUUCUCUUAUUUAUCUGUAAGAAGGGUACUUGUAGGCUACUUGAAUGAAGAGGCUGUGCUGUUCCACUGGUCCUUGCUCUUCACAUCAUGUCUUAACUGAGGAAGAGACUGAUGCAAUAACCAGAAGAGUUGAAAUAAGCAGGAAGUUUGAAAUCCGAAGGGUGAUGUUUCAUAAACAUGUGUUUUUCACGUCCUAAAAGGAGGAAACAAAGAGUACAAGACAAACACACGGACUCUCCUUUUUGAGUGCUUUCUGCAAACUACUGACUACUAGCAUAACUGAUUUUUUCAACACUUUGCCACAUUGGUACAAAUGUUUUUAGAAUUCUUUUAAAUGCUUCUCGUUAUCUGGAAAAAUACUGCAGUAACUGUUGAAAUUGCCUCCUUUAAAAUAUACAGAAAUAGAUAUUGGAAAUGGGUACCAGCCUUUGUCAGAAGUUCACAAAACUUUCCUACUUGGUCAGGUGUAGUAUGUGUUUCUUAGACAGCCCUCUGUUGGGGCAUUUUAAAUUAUUUUUUGUGUGUGCACAAACUGAAAUAAAUGUUGCAAGGAUGUUUACUUGU